CAAUGUUUGUCAACACUUAAAUUAUUGUAACAUCUGUGGAGACACUUAAAGGAGGACAGGAAUUCCAUCGGUCCCUUUAUUUAGCAAAAUUGUUUGUCGGCCAUAACCACACCAAAACAAUGUGUAAAAUACUUUUAUCUAGCAAAACCGGUCGUUGUCUACCGUACAAACCAAGGCAAAAGCAACUCUUUGUCAUCUGUUAUAUCAACAGCAGCCGCUUGCUCUCUCUCUCACCUGCACCAACACAUACACUAUGGCAAUUAGCCACUGGUGCGUUUAUGGCCACACAAAAAGUUGGACAACUCCAACACUACACGUAAAAUGUAAAUUUCAGGUCGUUUUACUAUGACUCCUCAAUCAGUGUGCUUAUUCUACUGUCAUUUGUUAAGAAUGUUAUUUUUUGGAUAUCAAUCAUGAAAUUAUGUUACAGGACUACAUAAUUGCUAAUAAAAAUAUUUAUUUUACGGACAGUAAGUUAAUAAACACUUCAUCUCAUGCAACAUGUGAAUGUUUUAAGGGGAACUAAAUGUGAUCUCUGAAAGGGGUACACAAUCUUUCCAAAGCAGGACCCCCACCCAGGCAUAAAAUACUACAGUGCAUAGCUGAUUAAAAAAACACAAUAUCUAAGUGGGCCAAAUCACAUACUGUAUAUUAGAAAAUAAUCUCUUGAAAUGUACUAGUCACUUGAUUAUAAUAAUAAGACAUUUAAAUUGUUAUGUCAGGUUUGUUCACACACAUGAACAUUUUGAGGGAACAUUGGUUAUGGUAUUGCUGUGUAUUGUUUUGUUGGAUUGAUUAAUUAAAAAAAUGAAAAAUAAAAAUAAAAAUCGAUUUAAAAAAAAAAAAAAGAAUCGAUUCUGAAUCGCACGUGAGAAUCGCGAUUCGAAUUCGAAUCGGUUUUUUCCCACACCCCUAGUGGAUAUGCUGAGGGCGUGCCACCAAUGGCCCCCGGGCCACACUUUGGUCACCCCCGCUGUAGAGGCUCGUAUUCCCCCCUUUCCGAGUGGCCACACGCCCGUGUCAUUGAUUCGUUUAUUUCGGGUGACGUGUGGAGCCAGGACGACGCGGUGCCAAUCAUGAGGAAAGUCCUCUCCUUCGCCGAGCUGACUCCUGUGUGUUGUUACAUUGUAGCGGAAAGAAUGUCGGAAAGGGCCGAGGAUGACGUCAGGGGGGAGCAGCGCCGAGCGGCCAGGCAGCAGCUGAAGCAGCAGCAGCCGAUCCAGCGGGGAGAAGGCUCCACAGCAAUGGCGACUGUUGCGGAGCGGAGAUCCUUGCCGAGUCCAGAAAUAAUGCUGGGACAGCCUUGGAGCAGCUGGGUCGACGCCGCCAAGCUCCACGGCAAUGACGGUGCUGAAUUGGAGGAAAGUUUCAAAGACUCGGGGAAAAAUCGCGAAGCCAUGCGUUUGUGCAGAGAAGAUAUGUCCAUAUUUGGCCAGUAUCCCGCUCAAGACGACUUCUACCUGGUGAUGUGCAGCCACUGUAGUCAAGUUGUCAAGCCCCAAGCCUUCCAAGCACAUUAUGAGAGGAGACAUAAUUCGCCCAUCAAGUCAGCAUCCAGCUCACCCUUCCCUUUGCCGGGGAGGAACCGGAGUAGUAACAGUGGUCUCGGGCCUGGAUUGGGCCCAGGAUCUGUUUCUGGAUUGACGAGUGGUGGGAUCCUUGGUCGAACUUCUACUGCAGCAUCUAGCAUAUAUUCCUCUUCAACAUCCUCCUCGUCCUCCUCCAAUCCCAAACUACUCAAACCAGCCAAAGACAAACUGCCCGGCAUACAGCGAAGACCUCCCUUUCCUUCCUUCCGGACGGUCCAGCCAGACAAGAUCCUUACCCCGGCUGUCAAGGUGGAGAAGAUGCUUCUGAAUUUGGACUCGUCAGCUAAGCUGGUGCAGGCCCCCUCUGCUCCCACAACCACCUCAUCCUCCUCUACAUCUUCCUCUAGCACCACCGUGAGCUCCAACACUACCACCACCAUCACCACCUCCUCAUCCUCAGCCCUUAAACCAGGCCUUAACUGUCCCUCCAUACCAAAGCCUCCCUUACCGACACUGGGACAGGUCCCUAAUGGCAAAGGCCACUUGUCUGUCUCGGACAAGAAGCAGGACAACAACAGCAGCAGCAGUGCUGGUAGCAGACGCCACUUUAACAAGAAACUGACAGAGCGUGAGUUCAAUCCAGACAUCCACUGUGGCGUUGCGGAUGUGACAGCACGGAAACCCUGCACAAGAUCCCUAACAUGCAAGACACAUUCCUUAAACCAGCGGAGGGCAGUGCCAGGGCGGAGGAAACGCUUUGACACAUUGCUGGCAGAGCACAAGAACAGAACAAAAGAGCGGGAGAGGGAGAAGGAGAGAGAACACCACCAAACCCAUUCCCAGCAAAACCCCCCUCUCAGGGACCCACACCCCUCCCUCCAGCUCCCCGCUUCUCAUGAUGUCCACCCGGUGGCUCAUGGCAACGGACCCACCCCAGAAGCCACAAGACCAAAAUUUCACAGCCCUGGUGUUCCACGGCUAAACAACACACACGGGGCUGGUACCCCCGUAGACCCUGCAGCGGUCCACGAGUCACCGCACCAUCCCCAAAGUGCUCCCGAUGGGUUUUCUCGAGCCUCUAGUGACGAGGGAGAGAACGAGGAGCGUGAAGAGAGCGCUGACAAACUGCACUGUCACUAUUCAGGUUAUCACCCUCGACCGGUAGCUUACUGUACGUUUGGAAGUCGACUGUUCGGGAGAGGCUGUUACUCCUUUGACAGACGAUGGGACAGAAUGCGAUGUGCCCUCUCCACGAUGAUGGACAGGCACGUCAACUCUCAGAUGUGGAAGAAAAUCCCCUUGGCCUUGGAGAACAGCUCCUCUUUUGCACCUGCCCAUAGGACAAGCACAAAUUCCCACGGUAGCACCCCGUCUUCAGGCUUCCUGGGCCCACCUUCGACCUUGACCCAGACCCCUUACAGCCAAUCACACGAGGGCAAGCCUCUGCUCCCCUAUGGGACCACCUUAAAUGCCCGCAGCUGUCCGCAAGGAGGGUCUGAGCACCCGGCCUACGGCACCACGCAGGCCCGACAAGUGUCUUCGUCGCCGCAGAUGCCUUCAGCUCAUUUGUCCUCCUCCACGUCCCCCUCAGCCUCUUCCCUCGCCUCAGGCCGGGCGCUUAAGUCCCGUCCUUCCAGCAGCAGCACUACAAAAUCAGUGUCCUUCAGGCCCAAAGAGAUCUCCACUGGCUCCUCCACACCUGUCAUCCCCACCUCUGUGGGUGGGGGUAGCAUUGGAGCCAACAGUCACAGUAGCAGCACCAGCUUCAGCUCGGGAAAGAAGAGGAAGAAUAGCUCUAUCCUCUCAUCGUCCCAUAGCUCCUCCGAACCUCCAAAUGCCAACUAUUCUCCCUCGUCCUCUUUCAAAAAGAACUGUGCAAAUGUGGGCAGCUCAGGGAGCACCUACCACCACAGCUCACUAGGUUCUUCAUCUUCAUCGUUAUCCUCCUCCCACAGUGGAGUCCACAGUGUAGGCCUCAACUGUGGCCCGAGUGUGCGCACAAACUCCCUCAGCCUCAAGGCCGAGCUUUCCGGAGGAUCGGCGGGCAGCUCCUCGGGCCCGCCGGCACGAGGUCCUCCCUCGGGCAGUUCCGCCGAGUCCAUCAAGCGCAUGAGCGUGGUGAUGAACAGCAGCGACUCCACCCUCUCGCUGGGGCCUUUUGUCCACCACCAGUCAUCAGCCGAGCACCACACCAGCUUCAGCCACCACUCCUCAGACGGGCGCCUGGAGAGCAAAAAACGCAAAAGCUCUCCUGCCUCCAGUGGUCUUAAUAGCGGCGGCGGAGGACUUGGACCGGGUAGACCCAAGGUGGCCAAGUCACCGGCCGUUAACAACAUCCACGGGAAGCAUGGGCGGAGCAUGCCAGCGGCGCCAGGGCUACCAAACAACUCCCAUUUACAUCAGCCGAAGGCUCGUCCCUGACAGCGGCGUGCGCCCGCGGCGCCUUCGGAGGCGGCCAGGGACGGUGGGCGGGGCAUAGCUCUGGACCGUACGAGGCCUUCUUUGACGAAAAAUCCACAUUACUCUCAAGUUUCCCACAAUCCUCAGGGUGGAGAUGAUCCGGAGCGCCAGUGAAGUCCUUGCUGUCGUGUCCCAAAGCCAUGUCUCCACAGGGGGGGCGAGUCAGUCACCUGGGUGGGUGGAUCUUGUCCUAGUGGUCUGUGAGGUCACCUGGGUGGGUGGAUCUUGUCCUAGUGUUCUGUGAGGUCUUCCAGAUGAUUGGAUGCUGGGCACGUUGGGCCGCGACAAGCCGAUCUCUUCUGUGUGUGUGUGUGUGUGUGUGAGAGAGAGUAAAAGUGUGUGUGUGUUUCUCAUGUCAGAAUCUGCUGACUACUGGAAUUUCUGACUAACUUUCACCCCCAGCCUGAUCUCAGCAGCCUUGACAGGAGCGCAGGAGGAGCAUCAAAUGUUCCACUUUAAAGACAAACAAUCGCUUUGCUUCAUCCAGCCCGGUUCCUUUUUUUUUUUUUUCUUGUUUUGGCUUAAUUCCCCCCAAGCAUUAUUAUGCAAGUGUUACCUUUUUAGCUUUUUUUUUCUUAGGAGCUUUUACACUGAACUUACAAAAGAGUCUUUGUAGAACGAGGUCACCUGACGAGAACGUUUUUUGACUUUCACGGCGUGCAGAACCACAGCCACGGUAAGACCUGCUCCCCCCCAACUGUGAACAGCACUUAAGAACCCACACGCCCAAAGCUGCUUCAACGACUACCCAUGGUGCAUUGCCUGUGUCCACGCGGAGGACGCAGUCGUCGUUGUUGUUGCCACGACGAUGUUCAGCAUCACGAUGACUGUGGAGAAUCGACAUGUGAAUUGUACUGUCCCAGCCCCUCCCCCCCCAUAGGGAAUCAGGUAUGGUACGUCUUAACUGGAGGAAAACCUUAUGCAUGUUUUUUGUUCCUGUUAGUGGUUUAGCAGGACCCCAAAACACUGGACUUUCAUUUUGAAGCCAACCUUUUGUACUGUGGAAGUCCAAAGUCCUAAAUCAGGCUGUGCUCAGUAGACCUUUUGAGCGGCUCGGCGGUUAGCAGACUCAUGCAGACGGCUUCACAGGACGAGUGUAGACCCCCCACUGAUGUCAGUUAAAGGCUACGUUCACACUGCAGGGUCCGAUGUCCCAUUCAGAUUUUUGUUUGUUCAAAUCCGAUCUUUUUAGUGGCCGUUCAGUACAAAAAAGUAUCCAAAUCCAUAAUGUUUAAGUUUUAAACAUACAAAAUUAGCUAAAAAGCUAGCCUAAAACAUUAUAUACUAAUAAACUAACAUAAGAUACAUUAGCAUACUUCAAAAUGUACGAUUUCUAAGUAUAAACAAACAAAAUUAGCUAAAAAGCUAGCCUAAAACAUAUACUAAUAUAAGAUACAUUAGCAUACUUCAAAAUGUAUAAUUUCUAAGUAUAAACAAACAAAAUUCGCUAAAAAGCUAACCUAAAACAUUAACAUGCUAAUAUAAGAGACAUUAGCAUACUUCAAAAUGUAUGAUUUCUAAGUAUAAACAAACACAAUUAGCUUCCAAGAUGGCGCCAACUAUCAAAAAUCCUAAUUUUUAGUUUGAAACAUACAAAAUUAGCUAAAAGGUUAGCACGCGAAUAUAAUAGAAGCUAGCAUAACAAACGUUAGCAUGUUAAUUAUUAGUAUUUUUGCUUGACAAACGUUACCAUGCUAAUGAGAGUUUAGCAAACUUCCAAGAUGGCGCCAACUAUCAAAAAUACUAAUUUUUAGUUUGAAACAUACAAAAUUAGUUAAAAGGUUAGCAUAAGAUGUUAGCAUGCGAAAAUAAGAGAAGCUAGCAUAAAAAAACGUUAGCAUUUUAAUUAUUAGUAUUUUUGCUUAACAGCACAGUUAUCACAAAUCAUGAUUUUUAGGUUUAAACAUUCAAAAUCAGCUAAAAAAAAAACAAAAAAAACAUUAGCAUGCUAAUGAGAGUUUUGCAAACUUCCAAUAUGGCACCAACUAUCAAAAAUACAAAUUUUAGUUUGAAACAUACAAAA